CGUCAUAUCUUAACAGACGACGUUAUCGUGCAUGAAAGACAUUAAAGAAUAGACCAAUAUGAAUGUGGUCCAGUUAAUUCUGUGUCUUACCACACUCUAUGCAUCUCUCAGUAUGAGCGUGGGCCAACAAGCCAGUAACCCAAUGAUGAAAAAAAAUCUCGAUUACCUUCUCAAAGGAGCUAAGUGGAACUGGAAACACAAAAAGACGUACGCCGUUGUUAAAUCUGGAGAAGGGUAUAUUGAUGUGGACGUCGUUUCCAAAUAUAGAUUAGAUGCCGAAUCGAUUGAGCCUAUAAAAUCAACACCAAAGGCGGUGCCCAAGGCAAAGUUACCACAACCUAAACCACCCACCGCCAAACCUAAACCUAAACCAGUUCCCAAACCCAAACCACAACCUAAACCAGUUCCCAAGGUCACACCAGCACCGACAACAGGAAGGACAAACCUUGCCCUAGGGAAGAAAGCAUUCCUGAGCAGUACAAUGGGAAAGUUCUCCGCAGCAUUGGGUGUUAACGGAAAGCUAAAUGAUUUCUUCCACACCAAAUCCCAAACAACACCCUGGUAUAGAAUAGAUCUUGGUAAAUCCUACAACAUCGAUGAAGUGGUGAUCUAUAACAGGAAAGCAGCAGGGUCCCGGUUCCGUAAUGCUGUGAUUAGUGUUGGUGAAUCUUUAAGCACACUGAAGAAAUGCGGCACUUUCAAAGGACCGGGUAAAGAUGGCCAAAGGAUAAGCAUCAAGUGUCCUGGAAUGAAGGGACGGUAUCUCCAGGUGCAUGUGAGUGGGCGUGGAUUUCUACAUCUGGCUGAAGUGCAAGUCUUUGGAGGAAGUGGUGGAAGCUCAUCUGCGGGAAGGACAAACCUUGCCCUAGGGAAGAAAGCAUUCCUGAGCAGUACAAUGGGAAAGUUCUCCGCAGCAUUGGGUGUUAACGGAAAGCUAAAUGAUUUCUUCCACACCAAAUCCCAAACAACACCCUGGUAUAGAAUAGAUCUUGGUAAAUCCUACAACAUCGAUGAAGUGGUGAUCUAUAACAGGAAAGCAGCAGGGUCCCGGUUCCGUAAUGCUGUGAUUAGUGUUGGUGAAUCUUUAAGUACACUGAAGAAAUGCGGCACUUUCAAAGGACCGGGUAAAGAUGGCCAAAGGAUAAGCAUCAAGUGUCCUGGAAUGAAGGGACGGUAUCUCCAGGUGCAUGUGAGUGGGCGUGGAUUUCUACAUCUGGCUGAAGUGCAAGUCUUUGGAGGAAGUGGUGGAAGCUCAUCUGCGGGUAGGACAAACCUUGCCCUAGGGAAGAAAGCAUCCCUGAGCAGUACAAUGGGAAAGUUCUCCGCAGCAUUGGGUGUUAACGGAAAGCUAAAUGAUUUCUUCCACACCAAAUCCCAAACAACACCCUGGUAUAGAAUAGAUCUUGGUAAAUCCUACAACAUCGAUGAAGUGGUGAUCUAUAACAGGAAAGCAGCAGGGUCCCGGUUCCGUAAUGCUGUGAUUAGUGUUGGUGAAUCUUUAAGCACACUGAAGAAAUGCGGCACUUUCAAAGGACCGGGUAAAGAUGGCCAAAGAAUAAGCAUAAAGUGUCCUGGAAUGAAGGGACGGUAUCUCCAGGUGCAUGUAAGUGGGCGUGGAUUUCUACAUCUGGCUGAAGUGCAAGUCUUUGGAGGAAGUGGUGGAAGCUCAUCUGCGGGUAGGACAAACCUUGCCCUAGGGAAGAAAGCAUCCCUGAGCAGUACAAUGGGAAAGUUCUCCGCAGCACUGGGUGUUAACGGAAAGCUAAAUGAUUUCUUCCACACCAAAUCCCAAACAACACCCUGGUAUAGAAUAGAUCUUGGUAAAUCCUACAACAUCGAUGAAGUGGUGAUCUAUAACAGGAAAGCAGCAGGGUCCCGGUUCCGUAAUGCUGUGAUUAGUGUUGGUGAAUCUUUAAGCACACUGAAGAAAUGCGGCACUUUCAAAGGACCGGGUAAAGAUGGCCAAAGAAUAAGCAUAAAGUGUCCUGGAAUGAAGGGACGGUAUCUCCAGGUGCAUGUGAGUGGGCGUGGAUUUCUACAUCUGGCUGAAGUGCAAGUCUUUGGAGGAAGUGGUGGAAGCUCAUCUGCGGGAAGUACAAACCUUGCCCUAGGGAAGAAAGCAUUCCUGAGCAGUACAAUGGGAAAGUUCUCCGCAGCACUGGGUGUUAACGGAAAGCUAAAUGAUUUCUUCCACACCAAAUCCCAAGCAACACCCUGGUAUCGAUUAGAUCUUGGUAAAUCCUACAACAUCGAUGAAGUGGUGAUCUAUAACAGGAAAGCAGCAGGGUCCCGUUUCCGUAAUGCUGUGAUUUCUGUCGGUGAAUCUUUAAGCACACUGAAGAAAUGCGGCUCUUUCAAAGGACCGGGCAAAGAUGGCCAGAAGAUAAGCAUCAAGUGUCCAGGUGGAACCAAAGGGCGUUAUAUCCAGAUUCAUAUACAAGGGAGCGGAUUUCUUCAUCUUGCUGAAGUCCAAGUUUUUGGCGCAUAAAGUAGCCACUCCAUCAUAUGAGAGUAGGUGAGAAAAUGCUUAGAAACCAGUCCCUCCAUAUUCCCUGUUUACACCCAGUCUGGUUAAAGAACUGAAAUCCGGAGACAUACUGUAAUGACACUACUGGGAAGGAGCAUAACAUACGGACAACACUUUAGAUUGUUGAUGUCAUGUAGCUUUUUGUGAUAUCUAAAUGACAAAUUACGUUUUCUACUUCACUCUCUGUGACAUACUUUGUCUAUCUGAGCUCUUUUCUCAAUAAUGAUUGUAAGUGGGUAAUAGAGGAUUUCUACAAACAAAGUAAAGUCAAUUUGUGAAACCUUU